CCCGUCAUGCCUUUCGCGUCAGCUGAUCUGAAAACAUUGAUAGCGCAGCGGGUGGCAGAGGGUGACAGCUUCAGCUUCACAAAUCACACGAAUAGAAAUGAUUUCAUAAUACAGACGACACACAAACAGAUCAAACAUGUGCAAUUUCAGGAAGUUUUGUCAUGCCAGAUCCGCCUGAUCUCUCUUCUACAGUGAACGACACAAAUGACUGAGUCUGUUUGUCUUUUGCAGUGUGUAAAGUGGGAAAAACACAAAGCUGAAGAGUCAUGCUGGCCACCCAAACAACUGACAACAACCCAGAGACCAAAGAUAUUAAACAGUGGAUCAAGGAAAAGAUUGCACGGACGCUAAAGAUCCUGCAGAAGCGUUACAUUACCACAGAGACGGUGGUCACCAGUGAGGACCUGGAGGCAAACCUUCUGUGUUGUGCUCUAGAAGCUGUCUUUAUUCACGGCAUUAAGAGCAAGUUCAUUCGAUUGGAUGGAGGGCGUAAGGCAGGGUCACGAGGCGCUCUUCCUCAGCCUGUUUUCUGGAACCUGCUUAAAACUGUCACCCACAGAGAUGUUGUUCAGGAACUAGAACGUCUAAGCUUUAUAAACACAGACAUUGGCCGCUGUAGAGCAUGGGUUCGACUAGCGUUGAAUGAUGGCCUUCUGGAAUGUUACCUGACUUCACUGCUCCGUGAGGGGUCCAACCUGGGAUCCCACUACCAGCCCGGAGCUCUUCUUCUGGACCCAGAGGACCGUGAAGUUCUGCUCACUCUGCUGCAGGGGUUGUCCUCACUGACCUUUCAGCUGUCUUACAAAUCAGCUGUGCUAAAUGAGUGGACAAACACGCCAUUGGUCCUCGCAGGUCUUUGCCCUCCUACACCCGCUGACGAGCACCAACUGUGCCCCAAGCGCAAGGAGUCUUGGGACACGGUCUCCCAGUCAUCUGGAGGGUCUGGAGGCUCAGAUUGGGCUCAGGAAGUGCUUCACAUUGAGCCAAGAAAAGAGCAAAAUGAAGGUGGUUAUGCUAGUACCCCCCCAAUGUCAUGGAACCAGAGCCUGGAUACAUCAGGAUCAUCACAGCUGUCCACAAGCUUGAGCUCUGAUAGUCUCUUGCAGGGUCAGGAUCCCAAAAGUCCUGAGAAGGAACGUUGGAUUAAUGAUGCUGAUAUCAACUGUAAUGCAGAAACAAAAAAAUCACUGACAAAAGAGAACAGCUCCUCUAGUCAGAACAUGAUACAAGAGGGAUUUGAUGAGUUCAUACCUGUUCCACAUGAUCUGAGCAUAACUGCCACACAUGGCGUUACAGAUACCAACAUGCACACUCCUGAUUCAGAGGACAUGCACCAAACCCUUGCAUGUUUUACAGAGGCUUCUGAACUGUCAGAAGAGAAAUCAGAACAGAAGUUGCGGGCUACAGACAAAGAAAUAUCAACAAUAUCUGAGACUCUAGUUAAAACCACAAGACUUAAAGUUAAAAAUACAGUCCAUGAGACUUCAGAAAGGGAGAUAAAGAGCAAGAAUACAAAUUCCUCCUUUAUGCCCUCUGGAGUUUGCAAUCUUAAUGAGACUGCUGAGAAGACCUCUUACCUUCAUUGUCUGACUUCAGAGACCUCCGACCUUAAAGAGCUUCAUCCUUCAACUACUAAAACCUCUGACCUUAAAGAGCUUCAUCCUUCAACUACUAAAACCUCUGACCUUAAAGAGCUUCAUCCUUCAACUACUAAAACCUCUGACCUUAAAGAGCUUCAUCCUUCAACUUCAGAGACCUCUGGCCUUGAAGAGGUUCAUGCUCCUACUUCAGAGACCUCUGACCUCAGAGAGGUUUGUGCUCUUUCUUCAGAGUCCUCUUUUGGACAUUGUCCAAAUGAACAUGGCAGAAACGCAAUGCUCAAACACUCCACAAGUGUUGUGAGCAGGAGAACAUCCACAGACUCCUGUAAAGCCACAUCUUGGAUUUCACCGGAAGACUUCUACGGACCUGAAACAAAUGGAAAUUCUGAAGAAAAUACCAGUGUUAACACCAUGCAAAUAAAUGCGCAGAUGCUGGCCACACCUAUACCGGACAGCCUCCAGUUACCACCUAGUGUCGUUCAUCGGAGACCAAAUGGUCUGUCUAACCCGUUCAGGGGUCUUCUGAAGAUGGGUCAGCUUGAGAGACGCAGAGCCGUGGGCAUGUGGUGGGAUUAUUACUGCGAGCUCUCCCCAUUUGAAUUACGGCUUUAUGUGAACGCAGAGGAGCGCAUCUGCUACGAAAACAUGUCCCUGCUGCGCUGCGAGGACGUCCACCUCUCCUCUGGUUCUGAGGGAUGUUUCCGGCUCUCCUUCCAAGGCAAGAAACUUUACCUGCGCGCAUCAUCUCGAGGGGAGGCCGAAGACUGGGUCGAUCGCAUUGUGGAGGCCAUCUCAAAACUACGACCCCUGGUGAAAGACGAGGUGUGGGAGGUGCUACAGCCAUCGUCUUCAGACUCCCCAUCAUCUCCAGCUCCUUCAAGCCUGGAGCACGCCAUCCCAGAACUUCCAGAUCCUCUUCAAUUAGACUGGAGUCGUCACGCAGACCCAGAGCCGGAUGCCAUAAAGGAAGCCGUGGUCUAUCAGAGCAUGGAGGAGAAAGGUUGGAGGUCUCUGGUGCUCUCGCUGUCCCUGGAGGCCCUCAGGGCUUACAGGGUUCAAGAAAACAUCAAAAUGCCCCUCUUCUCACACUCUAUAGGGACCAUCAGAGAUGUAGUUCCACAUGUUUCUCUAGGUAGCCCUGCAUUUUUUAAGGUCCUGACUGCACGAGAGACUCUAAUUAUGAGGGCAGAAAGUGGCGAGGAAGCUCGAGGAUGGCGGAGGCUGAUUAGAGAAGCUCUGGAUUCGUAUCUGGAGACUGAGGAUGAUGGAGGACUUGAGGAUGUCUCGUCAUCCAGCGGAGGGCAGGGUGGCAGUGUUCACAAGCUAGUCCAACACAGACUAAAAGGUGAUGGCGCGCUGCUGUCUUACCUGUCUGUCGUCCCCAAAGAGAGAGGAUUAGAUGCUCAAAAUUACAAAUGUGCAGGUUGCUCACGACAGAUGAGUGUAUCUCACGGCAGACCUCGACUCUGUGAGUUCUCGGCUAAGUACUACUGUGAGUCCUGUCACCAUGGAGACAUGAGCAUCAUCCCAUCACGCAUGCUGCACAACUGGGACCUAACAACACGUGAGGUAUCAAGAGAAGCUUUGCGCUUCAUGGAUCAAAUUGAAGCCGAGCCGCUCCUCAACAUCAACGCUUUAAAUCCUAAACUGUUUGAUCACAGUGAUGUCAUGUCAAAAGUACACAAACUCAGACAACAACUGCGUUUCAUUGGUGACUACAUUCUCAUCUGUCGCAGUGAAGUCAACAAACAGAUACAGCCCAGGCUUCAGCAGAGGUUUUAUUUACUGGAGAGCAGUGAUGUGUUCAGUGUACUGGACCUGCAGCAGAUAGCAGAUGGACAUUAUGAGUCUUACCUUCAGUCUCUGGUUCAGCUCGGCUCAAAGCAUGUACUUCACUGUCAUGUCUGCACUCAGAGAGGUUUUAUCUGUCAGAUCUGUAAUGCUGAUGAUAUCAUCUUCCCCUUUCAGUAUGACAGCACGUGCAGGUGUGGCAUGUGUAAGACGGUCUUCCACUCGUCCUGUAAGGCUCAGUGUCCAGAUUGUCCACGCUGUGUGAGAAUACAGAAAUACAUGGAGAGGGAUUUGGAGGAUUGACUUUCAUAAGGGUCCUGUUUGCAAAAAUCUCUUUCUUCAUUAGCAUUGUUCUCUUGUUUUAUACAUGUAUAGAUAUUUUUACUUGGCUAAAGCUAAAUUGUGUAAGAUAAAAGCCUUGAUAUUAUUUACAAGAAAUUAUUUUUUUUGUUUGUUUUUGGUGUACAGGUUUUAAUGGAGUAAAAAUAAACUAAUUCAAGAGAUGACAUCUGAAAACAAGCCUUAAUAUUUUAUGCAAUUUUGAUACUAAAGUUUUUACUGUAAAGCAAGAAAAAACUAGUGAUCAGGAAUUUUUUUUUUUUUUUUUUUUUUUUUUUGCUGUGUAGAUUGAAAGUUUAAUGUUGUUGUGUAAUGUUCAGUGUUUAUUAACUCUAGCUGUACCACUGUAAAUAACAUUACUAAAGUCAUUUCUCUUUUAUUGGACUUUAUUGGAAGAAACCUUAAGUGCCCUUGUUUACAUGAAUGUUGAAAGUGUGUACUGUACAUACAGAUGUGUGUGUUGAUGUCACAGAAAGUGUUGAGUCAGGUUAGGUUGGGUUAUAUUUAUAAUUACCAUUGGACAACUGAAUGCUGAGGAUUUUUUUUUUUUAAUUAAUAGACUCAUGUGUAAUAUUAUUUUUCUUAUGAAUGUCAUGCGCCAAGUUUUUUUAUGAAGUAUUACAAGUUUACAAAGCGAAUGAAUCGUAUGCAUUCAUAGUAAAGUAAUAAAAUCAUUAUUAAACUUAUGCAAUCUGAAGACA